CCGCCCGCCCGCCCGAGCGGGGUCGGGGGAGGGGGCAGCAUGGCCUGUCCGUCCGGCCCCCUCCGCCGCCGCCGCUCUCCUCCUCUGCCCCGCGCCGAACGCCGCCGCUGCCGCCGCCGCCGCUCCAGUCGCCCUGCUGCCGCCCGCCGCGGGUCCCGAUGGAGACAGACGCGCCCCAGCCCGGCCUCGCCUCCCCGGACUCGCCGCACGACCCCUGCAAGAUGUUCAUCGGGGGACUUAGCUGGCAGACCACGCAGGAGGGCCUACGGGAGUACUUCGGCCAAUUCGGGGAAGUGAAGGAGUGUCUGGUGAUGCGGGACCCGCUGACCAAGAGAUCCAGGGGGUUUGGCUUCGUCACGUUCGUGGACCAGGCAGGGGUGGAUAAGGUCCUGGCCCAAUCCAGGCACGAGCUGGACUCCAAAACGAUCGAUCCCAAGGUUGCAUUCCCUCGUCGAGCACAGCCCAAGAUGGUGACUCGGACCAAGAAGAUCUUUGUAGGGGGGCUGUCGGUGAACACCACAGUGGAAGAUGUGAAACAGUAUUUUGAGCAGUUUGGGAAGGUGGAUGAUGCCAUGCUAAUGUUUGACAAAACCACCAAUCGCCAUCGAGGGUUCGGGUUCGUCACGUUUGAGAGUGAGGACAUCGUGGAGAAAGUCUGCGAGAUUCACUUCCACGAGAUCAAUAAUAAGAUGGUAGAAUGUAAGAAAGCCCAGCCAAAGGAGGUGAUGUCGCCCACGGGCUCUGCCCGGGGGAGGUCCCGAGUCAUGCCCUACGGGAUGGACGCGUUCAUGCUGGGCAUCGGCAUGCUGGGUUAUCCAGGCUUCCAAGCGGCAACCUAUGCCAGCCGGAGUUACACAGGCCUCGCGCCCGGCUAUACCUACCAGUUCCCUGAAUUCCGUGUAGAGCGGACCCCUCUCCCGAGCGCCCCCGUCCUCCCUGAGCUCACAGCAAUCCCGCUCACUGCUUAUGGGCCCAUGGCUGCAGCCGCCGCCGCCGCCGCUGUUGUCCGAGGAACAGGAUCUCACCCCUGGGCGCUGGCUCCCCCUCCAGGUUCGACCCCAAGCCGUACAGGGGGCUUCCUGGGCACCACGAGCCCCGGCCCCAUGGCCGAGCUCUAUGGGGCGGCCAACCAGGAUUCCGGGGUCAGCAGUUACAUCAGUGCCGCCAGCCCUGCCCCCAGCACUGGCUUUGGCCACAGCCUUGGGGGUCCCUUGAUUGCAACAGCUUUCACCAAUGGGUACCACUGAGUCAGGGGACCAAGGAGGCAGGAGAGCCCUCAUCAGCAGCUGCCUGAGGACAGUGAGCUGCAGGACCAGCCGAGCCAAAGGGGAAAGGGGAUGGAGCCUCGGCCCGUCCCGUCCCCUUGCCAAGCUGUACACUGCCUGUAGGCUGCCGGGCUCCCCGCCUGCCCCGCCCCGCCCCUCUGCCUCCCAGCCUCCCCCUGGACAUCAUCUCACUGCCCUUACUAACCUCUCCCCGCCGUGCCGUGCCCGUGCCCUUCCCUCGGCUUCUAUUUAUUUUGGACUAGCUGGUAGCCUCCCGUUUUCUCCCGUUGGGUUUUUGCCCCUCCCCUUCCGCUCUUCUCCCCGUCCUGUAGGUCUCCUGUGCUUGUGUUUAGCUAGGACAAAGCAGAGAUGUGCGGGGCUGCUGCCCGGCCCGCGGCUCCCUCCCUCCUGCCUUUGUCUCCCUAUUUCGUUUUUGAAACUCUACUGUCUUUCUGUCUGUCUUUUUUCUUUUUCUUUUUUUGAUAAAAAAAAAAGAGAGGAAGAGAGAGAGAGAGAAAUAUUUUAAAAUUGUUUCUUGGUUCGUGAAUGUGAAGCUCCGGGCUGCGGGGUGGGGCCGGGGGUGCCCCCGCUGACGAGAGAACAAGUGUAUAUUUUGGUCUGUGGCAGCCCAGGCUCUGGCCACGCAGGGCUGGGCUGUGGGGUCAGGUGAAGCCCUGGAGAUGUCUGUCUCCUGUAUGAUAUUGUAAAUAUUAUGAGGUGAAGCCCCCACCCCUCUCUGUAUUCCUUGCCAGGGUGGGGGAGGGGCCUCACCUCACCCCACUCACUGGGCCCCUCCCUGAGCCCCUGCUCCCCACAUGGUUACUGUAAGAUUUUUGUUAGGGCCUCCACUUAGACUGGGAAAGGGAGGCACCCUCUCCGACACCCUGGAGCCCAGGGUGGGGGAAGGAGUCCUGUGGGCUCCCUGUCCCCCCCCCACUGUGCCCCAAUUUCACAAGAAAGGGGGGCUUCCCCACCUUGCCACAUUGGAAAGGAAUUAACUCUCCAAAGGGCCUUCCCCCACCCCUCCGUAGCUGGACCCUCCCGUUUCCUGCCCUGGCUCGCUGUGGGGAGUUUGGGAGGUGUUGGAAGGGGUAUGGGCGGGUGACCCCAGGGGCAAGCAAAGGGCUUCUCAGGGAUCCCCACCUUCUCUCCCAGCAGCCUCCCACUGGGACAGGCCAUGCGGCCAUUCUCCUCACGGCCGUGGUUGGGGUCUCUCUCCCUAGCCUGGUGCCCACUCCAGCACCUCCACCAGGGAGAGCGGCUGUCGUCAGGGUCUAGAUUUCUGUGAACCAAAGACCUGGCUGGGGCGAGAGGGCAGAGGCUUCGACGGCUGCUCCUUCCCCCCACCCCAACUCCCACCCUAGGGAGGUUGGACAGGUCCGAGGCUAGGGGCGUCCCAAGGGCCCCUUGCCCCUCAGUGUCUCCCAUCUACCUUUGGAGAGUUAAUUAUCAGUGUGAGGUGCUUAACCUGUUAGUACUGAGAACACAAAGCAAUAAUCUUUGUUACUGAGACGCGCGGCUGUAUGUCUUUUUUUUAAAAAAAAUAUUUCCUAAUAAAAGAGAAGCUACAUUUUAUUGGUUUUUAUUUUUGAUUUUCUACACGUCUGAGGGGAGCCCCUGAGUGGUUCUGCCUCCCUCUCCCCAUCCUUCCCCAUCCCCCAUCCUCUUUGUCCCCCUCUCCUCCUUAGGGCUUGGGGCUGGGGCUGGAACUGUUUUACGGUCAUUCCUGGUUUUUUUAAAAAGAUGUUAAGUGGUGUUAUGAAGCCAGUAAAGUUACCACUCUGGUAUCUGUUCUCUCCACAUCUGUAACCCUUUUUCCAAGAUUUUUCAGUUUUAAAUUCCUAAUAAAUUAUUUGAAAAUGGU